AUGGGCUGCACCUCAGCCAAGCAGGUGUCGGCCGUGCCCAACGAUGAGGAGGGACGUGGCAAGGCCUACAGCAAUGGAGACCUAUUCAGCGGUCAGCACACACACACACACACACAAACACAGAUGUCAAUAAAAGCUUCACAGCUCCAUUUCAACCAGUCAGUUGCUCAGUGCAGACCUGCUGCCCUGUCUGCCCUCACAAUAUAUCUUCUUCAUUAUGGCUCAUCCUCAUCUGGCAAUGUUAAGUUCUCCAUUUUGCACAAUAACUGUCGGCGCUGUAGUUUUAUGGGAGUCAGAUGUGUUGACAGUUCAUGAAAGAAAGAGGAAGUAAUCAGUUAGUGAGAGUGCAGUGAUAACUCUGCAUUUACUCAAGCGAUGUGAAUCCUUGACAUUCCUAAUUUUUUACAACUCGUAUUUGGGACUGCAGAGAGACAGAGAGACAGAGAGGAAUGAAAAUAGAGUAAAAGGGAAGAAAAAAGAAUAAGAUAAAAAAGGAAACAAUUAUAAGAUGAGAUUGUAUAAGAGUAAUAAGUCUACCCACAAAUUUAACGCAUGAAGUUCAGUUUAUUUAUUAAGCAAGUGAGCCUGUGAGAAAAAAACGAACCUUGGUAACUCCUGAAGCUAGGACUGAAGAUUUCCAAAGUCAGAGGAGAUGAUACUUUCCAGCUUUGGCAGGAGGUUUGAAUUUCUAGUCGCCAAUCUGUGUCAGAGACUGGAAUUGUGUGGUUUGAAAGGAAGUAGAUUUGAGAGGCAGGAAGGCUCUGAUCACUUAUAAGAACUGCGGCUGACCGAAGCACUGCACAAGCUUUAAUCUCAGUAUAAUGAUACAAGUCAAAAGAUGAAAUACUAAAUCGUUUAAGUACCUUGCUUGUUACGAACCCUUAGAUGUACCAUCAGAAAAGCAGAGAAAGUGCCCGCAAGACAUUUUCCCCAAUCUUUCCUUUUUCCCACCAAUUAUGGUAAAUUAAGACCAUUCAUACAAAAGGACGUACAGUUUAUUGUAAAUAGACGAGAAAUGUAGAAAGAGAGAACGGAGGGAGACAUGCUGAAAAUGUUGACAGGCUUAAGUCUAAUCACUGACUAUUGUGUCAACAGUUUUGAAACUGACAUUGAAAAGAGAGAGAUCACAAUUUUGUGGAUAUUUGAAAACCUGGCACAAAAAGGGGAGCACUAUUAGAUGUUACUCAGUUUAAAAGGCUAAGAAGUACCACAGACAACGACACACACCACAGCUCAGUCUAAUUUGAUCAGAAAUCUGUUGUUGUGGCGUUACACUACACAUUUUAAAGUCUGUUCUAACUUUCUUCCUGCGUUCAACAUUUUGAAUAUUUUGUUAUUUAUUUAGAGCAUCUUAACACCACAUGAAAUCAAAUUCAUCCCUGUCUCUACAACCUGCAGCCUGUCAGUCUGUCACCAGGGCAACAUGAUUGUUUAUGUUGCUGAGGAAACAUGUGAUGUCCUUUCUGUUAUGUUGUUGGCGUCAUAAGCAUCGCUACGUUUCAUACUGUAAUAUUUCCUAGUUGAUAAUCAGCAGUUCAAGAAUGUUGGUUUCAUACUAAGAGUCACUAUUACUGACUCACUGACUCCGCUCUGUCACUAAACGAGCCGCCACUCGCUUCAGCACCACUCCCUCUUGUCACCGCCCUGGGUCAGCCGUGUUACAUCAUACAUGUCCCACCCUUUGUAAUUAGCUAAUUGCAAUGUUUCAAAUCGCAAUUUUUAUUUGAAUUCAAUUAAUCGUUCAGCCCUACUAAGACGCCAGUUGAUCAACAAUGAUCAUAUUAAUUGAUUAAUCUUUCUUAAAGACCUUAGUCUCUGGCUUCUUCUGCUUUUAGUUUAAGAGCGUUAUUUAUUUGUUCAUCAGUGCAAACACAACACAGAAUCGUACAGAGUGGAGUUUAAAACAAGUUCAAAAUGUCAGCAGUAUUAGUAUAUUUGACUAAAAAGUAGCAUCAGUGAGUAAUUAAAAAAAUUUUACGGUAAAGCACCUGAACGGGCUUGUUGGCAUGAAUGAGUUUGAUGGAGAAAGGCUCCAAGCUUAAAGGGAUAUUCCGGCGUAGAAUUAAGUUAGGGUCAAACACACCGUAACACCGAGUUAGAUCAUUUCUUUAUGGAAAUGCAAUCAGGCCGAGACGCUAAGGCAGAAGAACUACCGCGUCUGCAGUGCAAAAUGAUUAAUAUGGUGAUUAUUACUUCAAGGAGAUGAUAAAGAAAUGAUCAUAAAUGUUCUUCCUAGAGCUGCAUCACCCCGCUGUAGUCUGUAAUGGACUGACGCAAGGUCCUGCUACAAACAAGCAGCUGCUGGAAGAGAGUAGGUGAGUUGUGUUUAGCCUCUUUGUCCAAAGAAAUCAGGCAAAGCUAAAAAGAUGUUUGAUGGCUACUACUGUGGCUAAGACCCUAUAUGUACUGUUGAGGUUUGUUUAUGGCUCCUCAGACCGCUGUGUAUCACUAUCCUGCGGUCGUUACUAAAGUUGGUAUAACUAGAGAUGCAAGCGGUCGGCAACAGUCAUCUCUCAACAGGGUGCCUAACUUGGUGUUACGGUGUGUUUGACCCUAAAUUCAUUUAAUGCCGGAAUAUCCCUUUAACAGAGGAUACUGAAUCUUCAUGCUGAUGGUUUAGGGCUAUGUUGACGGGGUCAUGUGUGUGUGUUAGGGGGGAUUUGUAGUCUAUUUAGUUCAGUCCUUCUGUCAUAGGGUCCACUCAUCUAAAGUAGGGAUUUCUUGCUCUGCUUUUUACCGUUUACUGCUAAAAAUAUCAGAUUUUCUUUUGCUCUUACAAAGUGAUGAAAUUAAGGAUCGCAUGUCUAUCUUUGAGGAGUUUCUGUGGUCAUUUUUUGCAUUUCUUUAUGUCUUUAUGUUGAUGUCGUUCAGAUAGUAAACUGUGCCAUUCAUUAUAAAGCAGGUCUGGUGUUUCAAUCCCAAGCUCCAAUGUUUCAAAGUGUCUUUGAGUAAAACCCUGCCGACAUGAUGUAAUAUUUAUAGAAUCAAUCCAUUGAAAAUUUGAUCAUGUGGUUCAUCAGCGGCAGAAAAUAGUUCAUUGGAGCUCCGGCUUUAUCAAUUUCUCACCAGCUGUUCUGCUAAGUGGGACAGAAAUAAAAAGUGAAAGCCAGAGGAAAAAGAGAUGAGGGUUGGUGAAGGGAUUAACAGCGAUUAAGAAUUAGGAGCAACACUCUGCUAUGACUGCACGCAGGCGGAUGGAUAAGGCAGAUGAUGAACCACAGGGGGUCUCUUUCUCUUCCAGCCCUCUCCCCUCUUCCUCUUCACCCUCCUUUGACUCGCUCCUCCGUCUCAAACAGGCCAUCCCCUCCCUGGCAUGUUCACCUCAUCCAACCUCCCCCCUGUGCUCGCCCCUCCCCAGGCAGUCUCUGUCUGUUCUCCCCUUUCUCCUCCUCCUUUUUUUUUUUUUUUCUCAGGGCGAGACUGAAUAUACUCGGAGAUGAGAAACGGAGUGAUUUGAGGAGUGCAAAUUUUUUCCUUGAGAGACGACAGGAGUAUGACCGGUUCUGACACUGCUGCUCUCCUCUCUGUCUCCCUCCCUCUUCAACGUCUCUUCCUCUUCCCUUACCCUGUUUCAAGGCCUUGUCUCCCCCUUCCUCUUUCCCUCUCUCUCUCUAUUUUGGGUCGCAGUACCCCCUCCCUCCUACUCUUUCCUCCUCCCUCUCUUCCUGCCUUCAUCUCCCAAUGUUUCUCCUCCCCAGCUCUUUUCCUCUCUUCUCUGGCGCAACAUUAGGUCACAACCUUUUGUCCUUUUCCCCCCUCUUCUCUCUCUCUCUUUCUCCCUCUUCCUCCCUCACCCUCCCAUCCUAUCCCGUGCUACUGCUGUCAGUGUGUUAAAGGAGAAUCCAAAGUGGCGAGGACUGGUCUAAAGUACAGUUCAUGCGCGUUUGUCGGCGUGUGCAGAGAUGGGAGACCAAAGUGACCUGGAUAGAAUGGAUUAGAGAUUAUAACAUCCUUUCUUUAUGCCUCUCUCAUCUUUAUCCGUUCUUAUCCCUUCUUCUUGAUCACAUCUAGCUUUCUAUCUCCUCUUUCUCUUGCUGACAUUGUCAUAUAUAGAGUAGUCAUUCUUUCCCUGAGAAACUCACCACCCUUUCCAGCACGGGUCAAACGAAGUCUCUACAUCCGGUGUACUUCUCAUGAUGGAGGCGGAAAAGAUUAGUCAGCCUGCCUACACAUCACCCAUUCUUGAGAGUCGGGACAAAACAUGUCCUACAUAGAAAAGUCUAAUUUAUUCAAAACAAUUAAGAAAUUCUAAAUGUUUGACAUACUCAAAAAGUUAAAUCUAAUGGAUUUGUGUAUACCAAUCCUAUUUUUUAGCACAGAUAUUUACUUUUUGGGGGGAUAUUUGUUUAAAUGAAACGUCUGUGGUUAGAAGGUCCAUGUUAUUGCUUGUGUCCUCAGCAAGAGGUCACAAUAUUGACCAGCCCCAAAAAACUUUAAAAAACUCUAUAAUUGUGAAAACAUAUACAUCAAAUAAAAAUUCAGGGCUAUAAAUAUAUAAACAAUGAAUGGCCUGAACAUCAAAAAGCUUUUUGCCUAAAAAUCUGCCUAUCAAAGUUGUGUCCUCAGUUUCUGUCAACUCCAUCAGAUUAUUCUAUAAACCUCAUUAAAUCAUGCAAUAUCAUGGUCAGCUAUAUCCCUGAGGUCCCCUUUUCAUUUCCUGCUUCUGGUGAAUGCAACACCACCACACAUGGUCUGGUAGGUUUUACAGUUUUUGAUAUUUUAGACAAACAAUGUCAAUAUUUGUAUGGUCACAGCUGGACCAUGUCAACACCGUCUCUCCGUUAUUAUACUUUUUUUUAAACCAUAGUGAGUUCAAUUAAAGUAUUUUAGUGAGAUUAUCAGGACAGCUAGCAACUGCCAAAAAAGUAGCUAGCUGCACUGUACAAUAUAUGUUUUGGAGGGAAAAUACAUGCCCUUACGUCAACUCCGUCAGACGUCAACUCCGUCAGAUUUUGUGUCUGACGGAGUUGACAUGUAAGCUGAUGGAGUUGACAAAUCCACCUAUAACCUCUUAAUGUGCUGACAUUAUGCUAUUAUUGAACAUGGUUAAGGAUAACAAUGUUAUUCCAGGGUCUUAUCUGCACAUAAAAGUACAUAUAUAGCAUAUAUUACGUUAUUUUACCAUAUACUUCUGUUUUGUAGAGUAGACCAUGGGCAGGCUGUCUGCUUAAUUAUAACUGUCAAACUUUCCCAACACACACACACACACACACACACACACACACACACACACACACACACACACACACACACACACCUUAUAUCAUUGAUUGAUUGAUUAAUGUACAAUCCUAAAGGUGCAGUAUGUAAUUUUCACUACCUAAAAUCUACACACUGGCUUCUUAUAGAGUGCGCAAGAAGUUCUAUGUUGCUCUUUUAAACCCCAGUGUAGGUGGGAUACCAGAUAGAAGAAAAAGGUUAUUAUUUUUACAUUGUUAACUUGGACCCUCAGACCUUGGGCUCUAUUUUUGUGUCCACCGGCGCCAUGGCGGAGGGUGGCGAACCCCGCGCAGCGGCAUUUUCGUCUGGCGGAGCUCAGCGUACAGCCAGUUUGGUAUUUUCGUGGACUGAGGUGCACCGAGGUCCGCCAAGCUGGGCGUGGAUGUGUGGCAGGGUGAGGUGUCCACAGAAUCAGCUGGUGCAGUGACAUUUUCGUACUUGUUGCCGGCGUGUAAAGUGCGCUGAAAGCUCGCAGAUUCAAACCUGGUCAGCUUUCAGCUCAGGUGGAUCCGGAUGGGCUAGUGGUAUUUUGGGAGACCGGCGGCAUAUCGGCCUCACCAGCAGGUUUCCACAGUGUCAGGAACAUUUCCGUGCAAUAAAUAAUCAAUAACAACUAAUAAUCUGUGUCAGCACAUACAUUUAGAUCUAUAUCGAUAUAUUCUGAUCUAUAUCUGAUCUGAUGAGCGCAUUUGGCAUGCGUUUGGACACUCAACCUGACCAAAUUAACACAGCUGCUGAAUCCGCAUGAAAUUGAAUCAAAUAUCUAGUAAAUAAACACACAUGAUGAAGUUAACAAGAUAUUUAAUUUGUCUGCCCCCAUUUCUAGCUUCCUCUUCCUCUUAUUUCUCGCGCAGCUCAACCUGGACAUGUCUCCAUGUCCUCUACCCGUCCUGCUGCAGCUGCUGCUGCGGCAGCUGAACAGAUGAUUUGUUCCAGUGAUCAGAUGAGUUUUUUACUUUAAGCCUACAUACAAAUAUUAUAAUAAUCAGUUUUGUGAGCCAAAUUUAUUUUAUAUGCCAAGAUCUAUGAAAGAAAGAGCCAGGCCACGGAGCGCGAUUUACACACAGAUUGGUUCCGAUUUUAAUGCCAUUAUUGGAAUUUAUGUUGUGACCUUUGCGCACAACCCACCUUUGUCACGUGAGGUUUAAAUAUAUGCAAUUUAAUGUGAUUGUCUUUAUUUGUGGAAAAGGGUGUUUGUCUUACCAGUGGGUCAAACAUUACACACACCAAAUCCAUCUGUGCUUAUAUGAGACAGUGCAGAGGACGCCCAAUGCAGCGCUUACAGUGACACUUGUUGAGGUGCUGCCUUCUGUCGCCAUCGUGUGGCAUUGCUGUCUUCAGACAUCUCUUGAUCUCUUUGACUACUUCACGAAAAUAGUAAUACGCCUCGCUAGUGGCGGAUUCAAAGGCGAGAAAAGCUGAUGUUAUUGGUCAAUACAGGUCUCGGCUGUGUUAAACCCACUCAACGCCCUCUCUCCUCCCUCCCUAUGACCUACGCCGCUGGAAGGAGCUGAGUUAGGGGAGGGGGAUACUUAUGCCAGGCUGCACAACUCACCAAAAUACGAAAAUGUGCUUGGAAACGCCUUGUCGGCGCGGUGGUUAAUUGCAUUAACGGUAUGUUCAGUAUGAAAAUAAUGAGUUAUUAGUUCUUAAUCUAUUUUCACCUAUUGACCUAUUGUCAAUCGGUUUAAAAACACAUUUGUUCAAUAACAUAUGCAAUGUCAUCAACUCCGUCAGUUUCUCGUCAACUCCGUCAGGUGUUCGUCAACACCGUCAGAUGUAUGUUUUUCUUCAAUUUUGGAGAAAAAAAAUUUGUUUCUUCAGUUUAUAUUGUUUAAGUAACAAAGGAGCAUUGGCUCUACAUCCUCUUGUGUCUUAUCUACUUACAGAAAUUGUUUUUAUAAUAUAAAAAUUAAAAACAAAGUUUGAAAAUGCAACUAUUUAGAAAUCUUGGUUUUCAAAACAGUGUGAAAUCACACACUAGGUUUAUAUAUUAUAUUUCAUAGCAUAUCAGAGUAACUAAACACUAUUACAACAUACAUCAGAACUUUAGAUUCUUGUUGGACUAGAAUUAUUAAAAUUAUAUUCUUUUUUGUGUGUCUGAUGGAGUUGACACAAAUCCACUGUCUAAGGGAAACAUGUUAAUUUAUAGAAAAAAUGUUUUUAUUUAGAGCCUGUUCCUUUACGGGGUUAAAUAGCUAAGACCUUUCUCUACAGUAAUAAAUAACUCUAAUCAAUAUAGUGUGCAUUCUCAAAAAAAGUUUUUUAGGAAGUGUUUUGUCCCGACUCUCAAGAAUCCCUGACAUACAAAUACACCCCCUGUAGACUAUAUAUGUGUGUGUCUGCGUAUUUGCCCUCACGUAUGUUUGUGCGUUGCAGAUCAGUGAACGUCGUCAGACACUGAUCCGCCUCUAACAUAUUUGUCUGCCGGUCAAUCUGUUCAAAUGUGCUUCUGUGUUAUGUGUCCCAGAUAUUCUUGCCUCGCUGCCCACUCCACCAGACUCUAGCCACUAACAGCCCGUCUUCCCUCAGUCCCUCUCACACAAUAACCGGAAAAGUCUGAGCUCCAUUACACAAACACUGGAGGACGACGAGGGAAAAUAGCAACACUUUCCACAACAUCAUGCUAUUGAUGUCUGCAGUCAUCACAAUCAGGGCAGAUUGGAGAGGAGAUAGUGACUAGUGACUGUGUAGUACUGUAUGUGUAUAUUAUUGCACACUAACAUGUACACACGAUAAGGGAGUGUGCAGAUUUCACUGUUUGUUCAAGGAAUUGUGCUGAUUUUGCACCAGAGCGAUUUGACUUCUUGUUCUGUUUAUAGAAUCAGCUGCUACUGUAUGAACUUUUAAGAACAGUGUGAAGAAAAAGCAGUUAUUUUCUGACAAGUAAUACCAAGGUUGUGUCAUACUUAUGCUUGGAAGAUGAUAGGAUUACUCAACAAUGAUUUUUUUUUUAAUAGAACAGCUGGCACAUGAAUGAACUGCAAUUGCUUUGAAAGCCUGCAAAGUCCUUGGAAAUAUUAUCACUCAAGCAGACGAGAAAGAGCGAUUUAACAUCAUACAAUGGAGGCAGUGCUUGACACUAACUUUUUUCACAAGUAGCACAUGUGCUCUUAAGAUAAAAUAGUUAUUGGCCGACAUAAGUGCUAUUAUUUAAAAUCAAUUUUAGGUCAAUUGGUCACAAGACAUGGAAGCUAUUGAAUGAAAACAGCCUUUUUUGAGAACAUGAAACAGUAAUUUAUUGAUGGUCCCUUAUUCAACACCUGACAUUGACGGCAAGGGUGCUGAGUAGAUUUGACUGUGCUGCUGUUGCUAUUCCUGGUUAUGGAGAGUGAGAAGACACAAGAUAUCCAACCUAAAACUAACUUUACUGUGGUAUUUACAUGAGAAAACAUUUGUUGCCUCGGCUGUUUUUUUUUUUUUUACGCGCACAUGCCCCUAAACACAUUUUACAAUUCACACACAUCUAUUUUUGGUUGCAAAUGCGAGUGAAACAGUCGCACUGUCGAGUCCUGGGAGUGUUAUAUUUCAAAACAUUCACUCUUUAGGGAAAACUCAAAUAAAGAAGCAGGCAAAUCCGGAAAGACCUGCAGAGAGAGAUUCAACGCUAGCAGCCUGGAAAAGAGCAUCAAUGUUUAGUGAGCUAUCCAAAGUUAUACAAUUGCUUGCUCCAGAUACCGUGUUUGACUGAGAGCCAACGUGCACCAGGAUCAGGAAAAAGAAAGAGAGGGACAAUUAGGAAUUUUUUAAAAUUAUAGACAAAUAAGCCUCCCUGAAUAUCAACAAAAUGACACUGGUGUGCAAGUACAAACUGUACAUUAAAUAUGCAUACUUGAUAAGUGUACACACAAAACUCCUCCUCUUGUCAAGAAUUGGAGCAUGUUAGUUUAACACUGGCCUUUAAAACUAUAUUUAAAUCUGUGUACUUGACCUUUAGGAUUUGUUUUCUCUUUCAUCAAAGAAAUAUAAAGCUGUUUCAAAGGUUGAGUUUGUUAUGCACAACUUGUAUCUGACUUCUCUGGCAUGUGAAAUGCAUCUGCACAUAGAGUAAAAGCGGACCGAUAGUAACAUCUUCUAUCUCAUCAUGAAUACUGUCAUUAUUAGGCACAUCAAACUUCAAUACGAAUAUUUUAGAGGCUUUGACAUUUAUCUGUUUACAUCAAGGAAAAUUCCUAUCAUACCACUGUCUACUCUACCAAAUCAACAAAAAAGGGGACUAUUUUCAAAAUUGAUGUGAAUAUAAUCUAAUGCUGAACAAACAAACCAAAUACUAUAAAAAAACCUGUUCUGAUCAGUCCCUCCCAGCUUUCUACUGCUGCCACGAGAAGACAUGAUAUUUUAUAUUUUGCCCCAUUUUUGUAUAUUUCCUCUCAUCUGAUCGCCUUUUGAUGUGUUUGUGGGUGUGUUAGUGUUAAGGCGUGUAGUCAGGUGUAAAUGUCACGGCCAAGCUGAGGAUGGUGGCCUGGAGCCAGAGUGGCCAGGAGGGAGGACACCCAGCAGGAAGGACGGAGUGACAUAGCCACAGGAUAGGCAGGCUGACUAGACUCUAGUGCGCACACACACACAGAAAUACACACUCACACACCCAGAGAUGGCUAUUGAAAUGAGUCACACCCGUAGGAAUGGCUCAUAUUCGCAAAAAUUACAAACUUGCUGAUUCAUAGUCCAAGCAAAAUAGAAACAUACUUAUGCGUAUACGCACAAACACACACUCGAACACUCAGACAAACAAACUCUCAUGCUUUGGCGGUAACCGUUGGCACCUUAAGGUCAGUGCAGAGCUUAGGUCUCUAAUCAGAGAUGGAAAAGAUGUCCACAUCACGAAAAUAUAGCUUCUGGAAAUAGGUCUUCCCUGUGACCUCUGUUUCUGUCUCUCUCUCUCUCUUGUGAUUGUGUGACGAAACACACUCAUAUCUUGUGACAAUGACUACUGCACUCACGCGCACAUGUACUACUCACACAGCACGACCAGUUUUAGCCCUUGUUCAAACUGAAGCCUGUGCUGUGGUGAGUCUUUAUCGGCAUAGGCUCAGAGACCCUCCUGUACCAGGACUAGAACAUUGCUGCUUUUCUCGACUGUAUUAUGCUGACUCUCAUCCAAAGUGUAAGAUGACAUUUAGGAAACAUCCAUUCAGAUUUAUUUAAGUUUCCUUUGGCUGCGGCUAAUCUAACACCUUCCUAAUCAUGUGUCUCCACCUUAAUGUGCGGGUUAUAUAGCUUGAAAUUUAUGCGUAUUGCCCCUGGGAUAUACUGGCUCUUAAUUCUGUUUCCUGCUGCAAUAACUGUAUGUGCUGCAUGUUUACAGAGUGCAUCUCAGUUUGGAGGGCCUGUGUCGUGUUAUAAAACCAUUUGUGUGUGUGAGCGUGUUCAGACAGGAGCUGCUUUGCUCCAACACGUUUACAUUCCUGAGACAAACAGAACAGCAAAAAAGUAGUCCACAUUUGUUUCUUCUCUUUCCCUUAAAUGAGCCGACUCUCUCUCUCUCUCACUCUCUCUCUUUAAAAUGAUUUCCCAUCAGUAGACCGAUGCAGGCCAUGUUUGGCUUUACUGUGAGAGACGCACAUGUUAGAGGUAGAAACACAGGUGAUCGCACACAUGCAGAGGCAAACACACACAUGAUCCAGGUGGAUUGUGAGAAACAGAGGAGAGAGAGGGGGAAGCCUUUGGCUGGGUACAAAGUGGCACAGACAGACUCAUGGAUAAACAAGCAGACUGCUGAUAGAGUGAGGGCAAAAUACAAAGAGUGAGGCAGAUAAGCAAUAGAGGUGGUGUGUCAGUGCUCAUGUGUAUAUCAGUGUCUCAGCUACUUUAUCAAGUAAAUGUCCAACAGUCAGGUAGUCAGCAGAAACCCUGUGUGCUUGUAUUGUUCUGCUCAAGGUUAGGUGGGGUUUAUUCUUACGUAAAGGUGCUGCAUGUGGAGGUUUUGGACAGUGUAUUAGUUACAGUACAGUCCCUUUUAUUGGGACAUUGUUUGUUAUUGUGUGGCAGAAGCACCCAUGGGGGUUGUUCUUCCUGUUUUGGGUCGUCCAGGUCUAUUUUGUGUUUUGAUGAAGUUGGUACAGAAACAUAAGGGAUAUGUCCACAGUCACUCCCUGUGCACUUGAACAAUUUUCUAUAUUUUAUUAUGGAAGAUAAGAUAACAUGUUCCUUUAAAAGUCCCACGAGGGGAAAUUCCAAAUUUACAGCAGCAUAGUAUAGAUACAACGAGAGAAAAAUUAAAGAUAAGGGAACUUUGUGUUAAAAAAAAACAUAUGCACAUGCAUCAUAUUUACAUCUGUACAGAAUUUACCUAAGUUAAAAAAACAAGUAUUUUUAAUGUAGAGCUUGUUACAAAAUAAACUCUGAGAGAGAAGAACAACAGUGUGAAGAAUAUAGUUUGAAUUCCCAACGUUCCCAAUAUUCCCAGCAUCCCAACGUUAUAAAAUCAACCAGUCCUUGCAGUUUUUUUUAGCUCUAUUAUGAAGAUUUUGUGUUUUGAGAUGCUGCACUGAGAAAAGAAGACACCUCAGGCAAAUCUAAUUUGCAUUUGGCAUUUUCACAAUUUUCUUGUUUUUUUUUUUUUCCACCAAGGAAUGUGUUUUUUUUUUUUAAUUUGUAGAAAACUACCAACAUUUACUAAAGAAGACACAGAAGCUAUUUGCAGAAAAGCCAAUUACUGGGCCAGUUUCAGCCUUAAAAUUUUUGGUUGUGAUCAUUUUUCACAGUGAUUGAUCAACUCUAAAUAAUUAAAAAAAAGCUGUGCCUUUUUAAUGAAUCUCUGGCUUUGGACUUAAGAUAUGUUUGCCUUCCUCUGUGGGGGCUGGAGAUUGCAAAUUGAUGCAUUGAACCUCUGGUUACAGAGUAUGCAUAUCACUCUCUCAAAUCUCACUGAGUGGCAAAGCAUCCUGCCACGUGGUUAUCUUCAGAAACGACAGAAACUUCAUCGUCAUUUCAAACUGGCAUGUUUCUUUGACAGCUCAGUCUCAAACAUUGUAUCCUGCCUUUUCUCCCAAGCUUUGGCUCUAAAAUCUGCCACAAAGUAGGUUCCUUUUCUAAAAUAUAACUCCAAUUCCUAAUAACCAUCCAACCAAAAGAAAUCAGCAACAACUUGGUACAUUAGGCUUAAAACUGCAUCCCUCAUGUCAUCAUAGACAUAAGACAGUCUCUGCUAAAACUGAGACCACUGGUCUCUUCAGAGAUCCCUUCAACCCGCCAUAGACAAAGUGGUCAGUGAAUAUCAACAUGUGGGCCUCGUGUUGUUACUUGGUCAUAGUUCAAGACAAGAUUUAAUUGUAAAUCAGCAGGUUGCAGUCAAGUGCAAAGUGGCUGGGAUAAGAGUUAGCUCCUCUAACCCUAAAGCCAUGGUUCUUUGCCUUUUCACUGUUUGGGGAGUGGGUCUUUGCUUUGAGUUAAGGUGUCCAAGUAUGUUGGAGUAACAGACUGCUGUGGUGAUGUGGGGCUUGGAGGCAAAGCUUUGGAUUCAUCAAUUGAUGUAUUUUUUUCAUCCUCAUCUUUGGUUUUGAGCUUUGGGUAGUGACCAAAAGAAUGGAUUGUGGGGGUGUGGACCCUGAAGUAGACCCAGAACUUGCUGGAGAUAUUGCUGGGUAGAGGGAUGUUUGGGUAAAUUUGCUUUUGCCUCCUACCGUGACUCAAUCCAAGCGGAGGGAGAAGGAGAGGCAGGGAUGGAUGGAUGUUCAUAGGGAUGGGAAUCAAGAACUGGUUCAUGUUGAGAACCAGUUCACAAUGGUUCAAUCCAUCGACAUCAUUUAUCUUAUUGAUUCCUUUCUUCCCGGUGUCUCGAAAAAUGGUCUCAUGAGUGCCAAUCUACGCGAACGGGAACAGAGACAGACAAAAAACAUGGUGGACGGUACGAAAAGUAGGCAGAAACAAGCUAAAGCGUGGCUUAAUUUAACUAAGAAAGACGACAACAGAGCAACUUUUGUCGAGCAGUGAUAACAUACAAAGAUUGAAACACCAGCAACAUGAAAAACAUUUGUCAAUGCUGCCAUACACCCUUUUCUGUUAUCAGACACUCAAUAAAAUUUUGAGUUAACAGUGAAAACCUAUGGUCUACUUUUUUUUUUUUAAUCAAAGAAAACCAUUGAUAAGGGAACCGUUAAAGAAUUUGAUCGAUAAGCAGAAUCGAUAAUGGCAUUGAUAUCAAUAAAAUCUUACCAAUUCCCAUCCUGAGAUGUUCAGUACCUCAUUCAAGAUAAAAGAAAUUGUCUUGAACAGAGUACUAAGACAAAAUCUCUAUAGAACACAAGGUUUAUACACACUUGGUUAAUGGUAAAUGCUGACAAAUCAUCACAGUUACAUGUGGCAUAAAUUAAAAUUUCUGGGUAAUUUAAUGAUAAACAGUCAGUACAUACAGUAUAGCUUAAGCUUAAGCUAAGGUAACAUCAAAUCCAUGCCUCAGGACCUUGAUUCUACUUGUUUCUCCUUAUUGCAGUGAUCCAUUUGUCUUUCAGUAUCUGUUCAGAGAUUGCUCUGAGUUCUUGGUUAAUCUGUUUGUACAGUCAAAUACACGACAGUUUUUUCCCAAUUUACAUCUCUCUGUGUUUUCACAGCAUUUAGGCAAAGCAUCGUCACAGUAUGAGCUUUCUGACACUCACUGGGUUAAACCACACUCACUUCCGUUUACUGUGGAAAGCCUCCGUAACCCUCUAAGUAGUUGUCGCAUCUAUUUAAACCGUAUGGGAUUCAAACACGGGAGCAAAUAACUGAGACUCAGAAUUGAACACACACAGCCCAGUUUUACAUAUGUUACAGGGAUUACAGAUACCUAGUGAAGGUGCAGCAGUUAUGCAGAAGUGUUUCUUCUCUUGUGACUGAGUUUGUCUUAAAAAGUCCUCACUGUCUAAGCUUUACAUGUAGCCUAGAAGCUCUUUAACUGGUCUGUAAUCCCCUCAAGCUUCCUCUUCUGAUCCGUCCUAUUUUUCUCUCCCUCCUGUCUCUUCUUCUACUUCAAAUAUAUCCCUUCUCACUGCACUGUCUCUCUGUUUCUGCUUGUCCUUGCCCUCAGAUGAGAUUGGUGGUAAAAUGGAAAGGAGAUGAUUCGUGUCCGUCUACUUAAAUCUCAACUGUCGCAUCCACUUACUAAAAUGCUGUGUCGGGUCGAAGUUAUCAGAUUACCUUUGACAGAUUAUGAAUUGAAUCAAGUGUAGUCAUCAUGUCUAGUUGACAAAAUGCAGUGAGAGGAAAGUGAAGCUGAUUUGGCUCAGUCCAAUCAUCUGAGGCUUUUCAAUCAUAUUAAGCAGGAUGGAGGACAGUGUUUGUUGUGUUGGAGAUGCCUGAUAAAUAAAGAUUGUUGCUCAUGUCUUUCCUGUCUCUCUCUCUCUCUCUCUCUCUCUGAACUGCUCUCUUCUCAGAUGAAUACAAGAUGAAGGGAGUGGAGGAGGUGAAGUACAUGAGAGGGGAAGAAAACCGGGUGAAUGCACGCAACCAGGAGAACCUGGUGAGAGACGCACACUCACACACAGCUCCACUGACAGCCCGUCAUCCGCACAAAGCCUCAGACCUUUUCCUGACAGUUUAUCAGCCGAAGCUAACAGGCGUGUGUUUGUGUCCAAAGGCAGCUCUGUCAGUCUCAGCAGCUCACACGUACACAUUCGUUGUCUAUUGCACACCAUCAAAAGCACACAAAGAGGUGCCUCACACGCAGGUAGAGACACCAUGUUGGCGUGUGAGGAAUGUAGGGGUCAGCUGCUUGGUUGGUUUGACUCCAUUCUGCAAAACCUGCAGUCUUAACCAGAAGAGCAAGGCGUCAAAGCAGUUGUAUUAAACCUUACUGGGCAGUGAACACUGAAUCUUGUUCUGAGACGAACACUAAAUCACUUCCCAAAUAAAACUGUUUUACAAUCCUUAUUGCACAUUUGGCUCGUACAGAUUUAUAUCCUACAGGAUGUUAAUUGUGAUCUACAAAGGCAAAUGAGACCACCAGCAAUAAGAGUGAUAAUUUAUGUACUGUUAUUUUUAAUGCCUGAAUCUGCUGGAAGGAGGAAGGUGUCAGACCUGACAACGCACCCAGGCAGCACAAAUUCUUUAACUCUCCACUGCAAGUAUUAACAGAGGGUAAAAUAUUAGAAAGACAGUUUUUUUAUUCUAAAAACACAACUUACUACCCUGAUGUAAACAAGCACAGAUGACAGAUGGCAUCUUGUGAUGAAGUUAUUUGUACGAUGAAGGCUGUGUCGGGUUAACAGUUAUAACCACUUAACAGAAGCAGCCAGCAGAGGCAUCAGGGCAUAUGGUGCGUUCCAGUUGUACUCGGAAGUUAGGACUUUCGAGCUCGGAGUUGGAACUGAAACGACCCCCAAGGUCGGAUUUCCGAGUUGACAUUUAAAGAUGGCAGCACUGGUUGUACAGUAAGUAGGAGCUACUGUAAUGAGAAAAAAUAUGCUAUGUUCUGCGCCUUUGUGUUUCCUCUUCAUCCAUCUUGUUUGCACGUUGCAGAAGGACCGCAUAUUUAUCCAGAAGUUGUUAAUAUUCGGACAAGGCAAGGGCGAGAAUAACUUUUGUAGAUGUAGCCAUCUUGUUUCCACUUCCGUUUUUGGAGGUUGGCUACUUUUUUCCGACUUUGUGACAGAAACACUGAUAACUCAGGUGUGACAUCAUUCCCAGCUCCGACUUUCGACUUCCGAGGUAAAUGAAACGCACCAAUAUAUCUGCAAGGGGAACAGAGAGCUGGUAGUGCUAGCUCUGCUAAUGUUAGUCACGCUCAGAAAACCAAUUGGACAGAGUUUAUCUGUCGACUGUGAUCUCAUAUUUAGCCGAGCUAAAAAUGCACUCAGUUUUGAAGUACUUGAAGAGCAUUUUCUGUCCAAACUUUGGAUUUAACCUCUGUUCAGAUGACUAGAUGCUCUGGUGUAUCUCCAUUCUCAGCACACCAAAUGAUUUAAAAGUGCUUUUUUCAAAUCAAGUCAAAUAUACUCUUUAGGUUCAUCCAAAAACAACACACCUUGACCAAAGUGCCAUUCAACCAAAGCAGGCGCUUAACUCAAAAUAAAGUCAUAGAAACAAAUCAUCCACAUAAGUGCUGAUUGACAAAUAAAGUUAUAACAAAUAUAAGCAUAAAGGAAAGAAGAGAGCUAAUGUAUAAUGUAAAUAGAACAACAAUACUCGAUUUUUGAACUCCGUGGAAUAAAUAGGAAGAGUCAAGCUGGAGCUCUGUUGCGUAAGCGAGAGCCUGUUUCCCUUCUCGGUACAUCACUAACUCAGCUGGCUGGCAUAGAGGAAGGAGGUAAAACAAUAACAAAUGUAGCCAUAAAUCCUGAUUAAAAACAAAGUAGUUUUACACUGCUGUAAAUUUAUAUUAUGUCACCCUCAGAACUGGCCUUAUCGUGGAAACAACCAUGAGAAUAUGCAGCUUGUGUAUUGUAAAACUUGCAGCCAAAGCAGAGGAAAGUCGAGUUCUACAUGAGGAAAUUAGAUAACUUGCUACUUUAUUCUGCUCUCCUUCCGGUUUAUAAGCCAAUGUUUUGAUUUUUUUCUUAUAUCUCCUGAAUUCAGCCAACCCACUUUAUUUCACUGCCAAGGUCUCAACAACACGUUUCUGUCACAGACAAACCCACAGGAGCUGCAUAAAUUUUUAAAAUGUCUGUUAUCUGGUUGUAAAAUGGGAGUUCUAGAUUAAGAUGAAUGAGUCGCUAGAAGACCCAAACCACAUUUUUUUUGCUCAGACAGGUAAUCAGCUAGCACACGUGCUAUAUGUUGCCAGACCUGUAUUAGUUUCCGAACACUUGUCAUCACUGUUGUUGUUUCACACACACACACACACACACACACACAUAUAUACACACAGCAAGAUAUGGUAUAAACAGCGUAUUAUGCUCUGUGAUGAGCCAUUAUUAAAAGUGAUUCAAUGGUUCUUUUUCAGACCUACAUAAAUUAUAACUGGACUGGAUAUCUGUCAUGAAAUCAGUGCCAGCUGUGCAAGGACAUAAUUUGAUAAUGCAGAUGUGAUGUUUGCUUUCUGUGGGGCGGGCUAUUGUCUAAUAUAUGUUGUUUAUUUUUGUCCUGUGUGUUUGUGUGUGUGUGUCUUUUAGGAGAAGAGUAAUGUGCAGUGUAAGGGGAAACAGCAGAAAGAGGUUGCUUCAGCCAACAUCAAGUCAAAGUAAGUAGCAAACAGAGGCCUGCAGACCAUGUCCUGUGGUUUGUAUAAAAGUGUAUUAUCUGCAGUGUGUAGUGUGGUUAGCUUUGUUGACUUCAAACUUGAAGUGUGUUUGUAUUAUGAUGUGUGAAAUCAGUAAUAUAUUGUGUCUGGGUUAUAUGAUGUCACAUCUUUGCUAAGUUUGGUCUCUUCGUGUGUGUGUGUUUAUAAUUCUAUGUUCUUGUUUACAAAUGUGUUGUUGGCAUAUUAGCCUUUGGAUCAUGAAGUAGCAGCUAAAUCCCUUCACAGGCUUACAGCCAUGGAUUUCUCAUACUGCAGGGAGUAGUGUGUGUGUGUGUGAGAGAAAGAGAGAGAGUGCGUGUGUGUGUGCUGUGUGGGGGGUGUAAUGGAAAGUUCUCAUGAUGCAUUUGUUGCCUCCCUUCUCCUCCUCAUCUCCAAUCUCCAACUUCCUCUCCUCCCUGUCUCUCCCUCCUUCCCUCUCUCUCUCUCUCUCUCUCUCUCUCUCUCUCUCUCUCUCUCUCAGUAUUCAUACGUCAGAGAGCCAGCAGGAAUUUUUCAGAAUGCUGGACGAGAAGAUUGAGAAGGUGAGGGGGUGUAUAUGUGUAAAAAUACAAAUGGAUGUGGGUGAUUGCGUUGUCCUUUUUUCCUGGAGCUUCUGAAGAACUAAAUAGGAGGAUAGUUAAAGGUCUCAAAUCUUUUAAAGAAAUUGCUGGAUCUUAAUAUUUAAAGACACAGGCGUUAUGAAAACAUUGUUCAGUCUGCAUUGUCAGCUGUGAGCUCCACAUUUGUGAGGAGGAGGAGGAGGAGGAGGCCAUUGCAGUGUUGAGCACUAACUCCUCUUCCUCUGCCACUCGAGCUAACAUGGCUUAUUUCUGACUGUAGACAGAGUUGCGAAGUGAAAUAACAUUGAGUCAUAGCUGGAUGCAGCUAUAAUUUAUUUUUGAACCCUUGUUUUGAACCUUUGAACAAGGUUUUGGGCAUCGCUGGGAGGACUAUUCAGUUUUCAUAACUCAAAUGUGGUAAUAUAUCAUGGUUCAGAAACAUGUAGGCAUUGUUUAAACAGCCAGUCAUUACUUUGAAAAUAUGUCUGGAGCUGCUCUAUAAUUUAUAGGUCAGCCAGAGUUACCAUCAGUCUGUUCCUCUCUAAUCCAACCCUAAAGAUUUAACCCAAACUAUUGGAUAAACAAAUGCUUUAAAAUGAGGAAUAACAAUUUGUGGGACGCCCAUAGUUAUGAUGACAAAGUUCAGUUACAACACUUACUGUCUACUUUUAUUUAUCCGUAGAGUUUCUAUUCUGGAUUCUUUGAACUCAUAGUUUUGGUUUCCCAUCCAUCAACUUGUCUGUAGUAUUUCAUUCUUAAUGCAGCAUUGUUUUCAGCCACUGCAAGAGGCCGUAAAAAAACCCUCUGCAAAACCAGGGACUCUUUUGAAACAUAGUCACAGGCUCAGGGAUGCCCCCUAUUGGUUUCUGAAGAAGAGUUUUGAAGCAUGCCAUAGCCAUGUUGGAAAUGCUGACUCAACCAAACUUUUGUUGACCUUGCAAGAGCCAAGGAGGUGGGGCUGAGGUGGGACCUUUAUCCACCCCGCUCAUAGCUUCGGUAUGCUUGCCUGUCUGUCAGAUCAGCUGUACCCUGUAUUCAGCAAACCUCAUAACCUGAACAUCUUCAAAACUAAUAAGUUAUUAAAGAAAUCUCCCCUGUAAAGAGUGUGUUUUUGGCGAUCUUAACUAUUUAGACUGAAAUCAUUUUUAUGGUUUUGAACAUUUUCAGUUUAGCUGUAAAGGAGGGGAUUUUUAGAGUGGCUGUGUAUGUGGCUUUUGCAGCCAGAAACGAGCGGACAAUGAGGAACUGCAACUUUACACACUUCCACAUCAGCUGCAUUUCUCAAAACCAGAGUUUACUGCUCACGUGAAACCCACUGAGCCCAACCUGAACAGCCAAAGAGGCAGGAAGGAGCUGGUGGAGGCCAAAAUCAGAGUUAAAAGAUCUGGAUAUGCGAAUGUGAUGGCAUGUCUCCUCGGAGUGAAAAAAAAAGCAGUACUAAAAGUAUCAGCUGUACAUAGUAAUAGUAAUAGAGCGCAGACCUCCGCCAAGCAGCUCAUGUCUCCCCUUAUAUUGUGAUUCACACCAAAACUUUUACUGUUACGUGUCUUUUAUUAACUUUUAUUUGUGUUUAAACUGGUAUGUUCACUGUUCAUAAUGUUCCUAAAACAAGAAAUGCCCUGACCAAGAUUCGAACCCAGGACCUUCGGGCUGUGAGGUGACAGUGCCACUAACUAUCUAACCACUACACCACUGUGCCGCCCAUUGGUUAUCUUUCAGCAUUGAAAAUUCUAAUGACACCCUUAUUUUUGUGUGUUCUGGAUCACAGUAUCCGGAAUUUUGUCCGGAUCACCACCAAAAUUUAAUGGGAUCCUCCUGGCACUGAGACGCACCUCUGGUGAAAAUUUCAGGUCAAUCCGUCUGUUACUUUCUCCGUAAAGUUGCUAACAGACAAACAAAAUCACAAACAAACCAACGCUUACCAAAAACAUAACCUCCUUGGCGGAGGUAACUACAUACAUCACAACCAGGGCAGAGACCCAGCGAGGAAGCAGACGGUGUCCAUUCUAUAUACAGUCUAUGAUUUUAAACUACAGUUAUUACCAUUAUUAGAUGAUCAUUUCUUAUACAUGUAAGAGUCCUCUUUGACGGAGGAAGACUGUGGAAUUAAAGAAUCUGUUGGAUGGCUCUGAAGAGGAAGAGAAGGCACUUGAAUCAUCUCCUCAUCACGAUGGAAUAUAAAAAAAAACCAACGUAGCUCCCCACCUGUUAGCACUUUACUGCCUCAUCCAGUGUUUUCAAAUGCCAGUGCCUGCAAAUAGACGAGUGUUUGUGUAAAAGUGACUGGAGUAAGAGGUGUGUGUGGGGGGUUUUUGCUGCAUGCAGACAGCUCACAGUCAAUUGAAGCAGGUUAUUGCUGAGUACACCUCACAGGAACAAAUAAGAGAUAUGAAAAAAAAAACAUGAACACGAAAAUUAUGAACCUGUCUCAUUUUCCGUGUCUUCCUCCGCAGGGGCGAGACUACUGUUCAGAGGAGGAGGAGGAGGAAGAUGGGACAUAG